AUGCUUAUCGUCUAUGGUGGACGCAUGAAAACCCUUCUCAGAGCCGAAAACGGAAGGGAAAUGGGGAGAAAUAGUUUAUUGUUUCAUCCUUACGGCCAACUGCUGCUAAUGUAUGAUGUCAGAGCAAAUAAAAAAUCAUGGACUGAUUCAUAUUCUACCAUCUUUAAUAAAUACGACGCCUUUAUCGGUGGUGAAGCAAUGAAACUUGAAGACCAAAAUGCAAUAAAAAUUGAUGAUUAUGAAAAUUUAGAUUUCAACGUCGCCGCCCUUCAUGUGAAACGGCAAUUUCCCAUCAAUCUUCAAGCUUAUUUUCUUAACAACACGCUGUCCCCAUAA